AAUAUAAAAGAUGGGUCACUCAACUCAAUCGCUUCGUACAUUCUUCAACGCUCCAAAGAAAACGACUUAAACCCUUCAGUUAUUUAUACACACUCUCACUCAAUUACAUCAAAGAAACAAAAAGGAUGCGAGCUUUCUCUCAUCUGUUCUUCAGUUUUCUGGUCAUCCUUUUUGCAAUAAGCUGCAGUGAUGCCUUCACCAGAAACGAUUUUCCAGAGGAGUUCCUCUUCGGAGCCGCCACUUCCGCUUAUCAGUGGGAAGGAGCGGUUGAUGAAGACGGAAGGACUCCAAGCGUCUGGGAUACUUUCUCCCACUCUUAUAACAGAGGAAAUGGAGAUAUAGCAUGUGAUGGGUAUCACAAAUACAAGGAGGAUGUUAAGCUCAUGGCUGAAAUGGGAUUGGAAGCAUUCAGAUUCUCUAUAUCUUGGACAAGGCUUAUACCUAAGGGAAGAGGACACAUUAACCCUAAAGGUCUAUUGUUUUACAAGAACCUCAUCCAAGAACUACGAACCCAUGGAAUCAAACCACACGUUACACUAUACCACUAUGAUCUUCCUCAGUCUCUUGAAGAUGAGUACGGAGGAUGGAUCAACCGCAAAAUCAUAAAAGACUUCACUGCUUUUGCAGAUGUAUGCUUCAGAGAGUUUGGGGAUGAUGUGAAGCUAUGGACUACAAUCAACGAAGCUAACAUAUUCGCCAUUGCUUCUUAUAGCGAAGGAUUUGCACCACCAGGACACUGUUCUCCUACCUCAUUCUUCAAUUGCUCUACGGGAAAUUCUUCUACUGAACCAUAUCUUGCGGGACAUAACAUGUUGUUAGCUCAUGCCUCUGCUUCAAAACUGUACAAACUAGAAUACAAGAGUAAGCAGAGAGGAUCCAUAGGCCUUAGCAUAUAUGCAUUCGGGUUAACUCCUUAUAGUAACUCCAAGGAGGAUGAAAUUGCAACUCAAAGAGCUAAAGAUUUCCUAUUUGGCUGGAUGUUGAAGCCUUUGGUGUUUGGGGACUAUCCAGAUGCAAUGAAGAGAGUCUGGGGAUCGAGGUUACCGGUUUUCUCAGAGGAAGAGUCAGAGAAAGUUAAAGGUUCGUCUGACUUUGUAGGAAUUAUCCACUACACCACAGUCUAUGUGAGAAACAGUACAUCCACCACACCUUCUCUUAUUCCUAGAAGACAAGACUUCUUUACAGACAUGGGAGCCGAGACGAUCUUCAUGGGGAAUUCUACAUUCUUUGAGUGGGAUUUUAUUCCAUGGGGUCUUGAAAGUGUUUUGGAGUAUGUGAAACAGAGCUAUAACAAUCCUCCAAUCUACAUUCUUGAAAACGGUACACCGAUGAAACAUAGUUCGACGCUACAAGACACGCCAAGAAUUGAAUACAUUCAAGCUUACAUCGGUGCUGUGCUCAACGCCAUUAAGAAUGGAUCGGACACAAGAGGAUACUUUGUAUGGUCGAUGAUUGAUGUGUACGAGUUGUUGAGUGGAUACAUGUACAGCUAUGGGAUGUACCAUGUGAAUUUCAGCGAUCCUAGUCUCAAGAGGUCACCAAAGCUAUCUGCUUCUUGGUACACUGGUUUUCUCAAUGGUACAAUGGAUGUUUCUCCUCAAGAUAUUACUCAGAUGCAGAGCCACUUCUCUGGUUCGUCGUCUUUGUGAUGUAGUUACAUAUAUAACUAUGGUUCCGGUUAUGAUUCUCAUUUGGUCUGAGUUGGUCUUUUCAGUGACCAAAAAAGAACUUAGUGGUUUGACUUAUGGUACAAUAAAACAUGCAUUUUAACGCCA